CAAUCCCCUAUGUUAGCUCCAGUUCCUUAAAUAGCUCCAUCCUCCACACGACUCAAACCAUCUCCACACUCUUCAGUUUUCAUUGUUUGGAGAACACACAAUACACCUCCCACCUUAGCAGCGCAAUGGCGACCACCACCAUGUCCCUCUCCUCGACCUUCGCCGGCAAGUCGGUGAAGAACGUGGCUUCAUCAGCUCUCUUUGGUGAGGCCCGUGUCACUAUGCGCAAGACCGCUGCAAAGGCCAAGCCGGUUUCAUCAGGCAGCCCAUGGUACGGUGCCGACCGUGUGCUCUACCUCGGCCCGCUUUCCGGAGAGCCCCCGAGCUACUUGACCGGCGAGUUCCCCGGCGACUACGGAUGGGACACCGCCGGGCUCUCGGCCGACCCCGAGACCUUUGCCAAGAACCGGGAGCUCGAGGUGAUCCACUGCCGGUGGGCCAUGCUCGGUGCGCUUGGAUGCGUCUUCCCCGAGCUUCUUGCACGCAACGGCGUCAAGUUCCGCGAGGCGGUAUGGUUCAAGGCCGGUUCCCAGAUCUUCAGCGAGGGUGGCCUCGACUACCUGGGCAACCCCAGCCUCGUGCAUGCACAAAGCAUCCUUGCUAUUUGGGCAUGCCAAGUCGUGCUCAUGGGCGCUGUUGAGGGGUACCGCAUUGCUGGCGGCCCACUCGGUGAGGUAGUCGACCCACUCUACCCCGGGGGCAGCUUCGACCCACUGGGCUUGGCCGACGAUCCAGAGGCAUUCGCGGAGCUCAAGGUGAAGGAAGUCAAGAACGGUCGCCUCGCCAUGUUCUCUAUGUUUGGCUUCUUCGUGCAGGCCAUCGUCACCGGCAAGGGCCCACUCGAGAACCUCGCUGACCACCUCUCCGACCCUGUCAACAACAACGCAUGGGCGUUUGCCACAAACUUUGUCCCCGGCAAGUGAGGCGUUGGCGCUCGCUAGCUGCGAGUUGUAGCCAUAUAUCAAGGCAACUGCGGUGAACUGCACACAUAAUGGGUGGUUCAAAUUGUAACAUCAUGGUGUAAAUUACAAGGAUCUUUGGGGAAAUGGUUUGAUCUGCCCGCUUGCUUCA